UCGGUCCCCGAACCUAACGCCACAGCCAGACAGGCCUGCACCAGCCCCGGGACAUCCAGGCGUGCGUUGCUAUUGGUUUCCAGUGAUUCCUCUGGGACUCCAUUGACCACUGUGAAGCCGUAUUGGUCUUUUCUGUUUUUUAUUGGGCUGCACAAGAGUCGUCUUCACUUCUCCAUUCCUGUUCUUCAGAUAACCCCAUUGGGUGACCCUAAGAUGUGGAGCUGGGAGGCGUCCAUUUCCUUCGCUUAUGAUGAAAGCACCAGGGCGAUGCGGGCACUCGCUGAGGUCACAACCACUGCUGGGGUGGGAGCGUUUGUGCCACAGCUGGUGAGCAGAGCUGGUGCUCUGGUGAGCGUGCUGCACGCAGAGACUGAGCUCUGGGCCUUCUGUGGAACAGAUCACCCUGUGAGAGCCCGACGGAAGCACCGCGUGUGCACUCGUCGGUACUUUCUGCAGGAUUCCUGUCCCAAAGGAGAUUCCGGGAUCGAGGCGGUCUUAGGAAGAGGGAAGCCAGCUCUUUCCAAGGGCCGGGGAAGUUCCUGCAGAGAGAGCCUCUGGAACUUCAGCUUCCUCUGAGCCUUCAGCAGCCAUGUCUCAGCAAGGAGACGACCGCGGUUCCAAUUGCUGCCGUGUGAGUGGCAAGAAGUGGCGCGGUGCGGUUCCCCGCGGUUGGGAGCAGCAGCCAGCAGGCUGCCAGAGAUCCAACCGCGCCUUGCAGCGCACAGAGGGACGCAACAGGGACGGACGGUCCUUCCUGCCAUACAGAAGGAUGGAUCCUGCGCAUCCAUGGAGUGGUGCUGGGCAAGGGGGGAAACGGAAAGCCUCCGCAGAGAGAGGUGCCGAGCCCAACGGAAAGAUCUACGCAAAAGCGGUGCAGGAAGUCCUUCUGGAGAGAGCUCAUCUCCAGGCUGGAGGGCUUCCUACAACAGCAGGUCCCAGCACAGGGGGAAGACCUUCCCCUGCCGUGUGCCCCCGCUCUGUCUCCAAGUCCUUGGCUGGAUGUAAACGCAAGGGCUUGGAAGAAGCGAAGCCAACAGCAGCGCAGCUGCCUGCUAACAAAAGAGUGAGGGGGCCGAGCGGAGACAGCGUGCCAGCUCCAGCAGCACACCCUGGGCCUGCUGCAGCGCGGAGCUCCAAGCUAAGAGCGAGAAGACGCCAAGAGAAAGAGAGGAGAGGGGAAUCGAUGAAGGCUGCCCUCAGAGCUGCCGCUGCACGUGCAGAGGCCUCCGCAGUGAACAGCCUUGUGGAGAUGAUGCAGAAGCUGCAGCUGAAGGACUGAGAGGAGGAGCGUCAGCAGGCAGCGGCUGCAGUGCGCGGCGUUACAGGGCAGCGCUGCGAGUGCCGCCCAACUCGGCACUCCAACUUCAGAUGGAGUCAAUAAAAACCAGUCAC